AUGGCUAGCCCCCCUGUGCUAGCUUUCGAUGUUGAGGGCCGCCCAGUGAAGUUUGACACCUGGCUCGAUGACCUGCACCUAUUCCUACAACUCACUGCCAAGGAAGACAUCUCACUGUACGAUCACGCCUUAGGCCAUGCCACUGCCCCUGCUGCUACUGCUGACAGCACUGCCCGCUCACAGUGGCAGACUCGUGACGCCCACGCUCGCUUUGCUAUUCGCAACUCCCUGCCGAUAGAUGAGCGCGAGCACUUUGGCCAGCACAAGACUGCACAGGCACUGUACACCGCUGUCGUUGCCCGCUACUCCUCACCUGCCUCUGCCGCGCUAGGCCGUCUCUCACUCCCCUACCUGUUCCCCGACCUGGCCUCUUUCCACACAGUCGCUGACCUCAUCACGCACCUCCGUACUAUCAGGGAUCACUUCCUAUCUCGCUGCCCCACUGAGCUCACCAUUGCCCUCCACGAGAAGGAACUCCUUGCAGCUGAGGCUAGCAUAGUCGCUGUAGGUGCCUCUCGUGGCGACCCCCGCACCCCUUUCUUUGAGGGGUGUUCCCCUUCCCCCCUUCUUCCCUCUGUAGCCUCUGCUUCUGCUGCCGACCUCCUUGGUGCUGAGAAGGUCGGGACUGCGUCCACUUCGAGCUGGCGCCGCAGCGGCAAGGGCAAAGGGGGCAAGGGAGGCGGAGGUGACGGCGGGGGAGGCGGUGGUGGGGGCGGUGGAGGCGGUGGGGGUGGUGGUGGGGCUGGAGGGACUAGUGGCAGCGGUGGGGGUGGUGGCGGCAGCGGCGGGGGAGGUGGCAGGGGCGGGGGCGGUGGUGGGGGCGGCGGUGGUCGUGGCGGCGGCAGGGGAGGGGGUGGUCGAGGAGGUGGCGGCGGCGGUGGUGGUCGUGGAGGCGCUGGCAGUGGCCAGAGCCAGCAGCGCACUCUGUCGCCCCAGGAGCUCCGUGAGUGGUACUCUCAGCACGGGGGGGGGGGUGGCCUUAGCUGCACGUACGUCAUCCGCACUGGUGACCGCACUGGUCAGACGUGUGGGAGGGCGCACACCACGCAGCGCUGCUUCUCUCGCCUCGACGACGCUUGGCGUACUCAGUUCCCUGAUGCCACUGAGCUGCCCCGCUGGGCUGAUCUGAUGAAAAAGAACAUUGAUAUCUAUGCUCUAGACUUUGAUGCUAUUCUCACUGCCAUGUAUGUGAUGUCUACUAGUGGAGAGAGUGCUCAGUACCUGCGUGUUCCGCCCGACCCGGGCAUUCGGACCAGUGAGGCUACCGCUCUAGGUGCUGGUGAGGCUGCUGCUCUAGGUGCUAGUGAGUCUGCGCCCCCUGGUACUGAGUCGACUGAGGCACUACACACCUUCACACUGGACUCAGGUGCUUCUCGCUGUUUCUUUCGUGACCGCACUACCCUUGAGCCGCUUGCUCGGCCAGUUGCUGUCUCCCUUGCUGACCCCUCUGGGGGUCCGGUCAUUGCGACCUCCUCCACUGUCCUUCCUUGUCCUGCGGUCCCGUCGGGCACACUGUCAGGUCUCCACCUCCCCUCGUUCUCUACGAACUUGGUGGCGGGUUGUGCGCUCCAGGACGGGGGUGUUCACCAGUUCACCCCUGCCUACGAGCGCAUGACACACUGCACGUGUGCUCGGACGGGCCGUCACCUGGCUACCUUCACUCGGCAGCCGGGGUCGGACCUGUACACACUGACAACUGAGUCCCCUCAGGUAGCUGCGUCUGCGUCUGCGUCGGGUCAGCUGUCGGCCCCCUGCUCGUGUCGCUCUCUGGCGCACGAGACCGUCCUCUGGCACCACCGACUUGGUCACCCGUCUGUGCAGCGCCUUCGUGCCAUGCAUAAACGGUACCUUGUCUCUGGUCUUCCCAGGGUUCUCCCUCCCCUCCCACCCUCGCCUGCUCCUCCCUGUCUUCCCUGUGUCGAGGGGCGGCAGCGCGCCGCUCCUCACUCCUCCUCGUUUCCCCCGACGUCUGCUCCCUUGCAGACGCUCCACAUGGACGUGUGGGGCCCAGCCCGCGUCCGUGGUCAGGGUCAGGAAAGGUACUUCCUGAUAGUUGUUGACGACUACUCGCGCUACACCACGGUCUUCCCCUUGCGCACCAAGGGUGAGGUCCCUGAUGUUUUGAUCCCUUGGAUCCGCGCUUCUCGUCUCCAGCUCAGCGAGCGUUUCCACUCGGACUUUCCUGUCCUGCGCUUGCACUCUGACAGAGGUGGUGAGUUCUCCUCCGACCUCUUGGCAGCCUACUGUGCGGAGCACGGCAUCCGCCAGUCGUUCACGCUUCCGGCCUCUCCACAGCAGAAUGGGGUUGCUGAGCGCCGCAUUGGCUUGGUCAUGGAGGUCGCUCGUACCUCCUUGAUCCAUGCGGCUGCCCCCCACUUUCUGUGGCCGUUUGCGGUCCGAUACGCUGCGCAUCAGCUCAACCUCUGGCCCCGUGUCUCCUUGCCGGAGACUUCCCCGACACUGCGUUGGACGGGAGAGGUUGGCGAUGCGUCGCGUUUUCGGGUCUGGGGAUCUCGAGCUUUUGUUCGCGAUACGUCCGCGGACAAGCUCUCCUCCCGUGCUGUUCCUUGUGUCUUCCUUGGCUUUGUCCCGGACGCGUCUGGUUGGCAGUUUUACCACGCCACCUCGCGCCGUGUCCUGCCCUCACAGGACGUCACUUUUGACGAGUCCGUGCCCUACUACCGCCUCUUCCCCUACCGCACUGCCCCGCUCCCCCCCCCGCCUCUCUUCCUCGCCCCAGGUGCUGCUAUGGUAGACCCCCUCCCCCCUCAGGGUGCCGCUCCCUCAGGUGUGUCCCAGGUAGACCCGGUUGAGCCUGUCGAGGUAGCUGUCGACUCUCGUCCUGCUAGGGGUGCUGAGCCUGAGCGUGCGGAGCCUGGGGGUGCGGAGCCUGGGGGUGCGGAGCCUGGGGUUGCGGAGUCUGGGGGUGCUGCGUCUGGGGGUGCUGAGUCUGGGGGUGCUGAGUCUGGAGGUGCUGAGCCUGGGAGUACUACACCUGGAGGAGCUCUCUCCUCACAGCAGCUGCGUGAGUGGUACUUACAGUACUGCAGCCUCAGGAGAGGUGCCUCUGGAGCUAGGAGUGCUGCUAGAGCUGGUGCUAGUGCUUCCCCUCCUAGGCGGGAGCUGCCCUCUCCCCAGCGGCUCCGAGAGUGGUACGCGCGGCGCUGCAGUCUCCGGAGUGGCGCUCCUAGUGUCGCGGACCCUGGUGCUGGAGGUGCUACUGCUACUGGCGGUGCUGCUGGUGCUCCUGGAGGUGCUGCUGGUGCUGGUGCUACUGACGCUGCUGGAGGUACUGCUGGUACUGGUGGUACUGCUGGUGCUGCUGGAGCUGCUAGAGGUACUCCUACUACUGGAGCUGCUGCUGGUGCUGAGGACCCGGGUGUUGGAGCUGCUGCUGGUGCUGCGGACCCUGGAGUUGGAGCUGCUGCUGGUGCUGCCGACCCUGGAGUUGGAGCUGCUGCUGGAGCUGAGGACCCUGGAGUUGGAGCUGCUGCUGGUGCUGCGGACCCGGGAGCUGGUGCUGCUGGUGUAGCUGGAGACCUUGGAGCUGAGGGUACUGGUGGUGCCUCUGCUGGUUCUGGAGGCGCUGCGCGGCCGCGGCCGUACUUCGUUCCGCUCCUUCAGCAGGUUCUUGGUCAGCCGCCUCCCCCUAGUCCUGCUCCCUCCUUAGAGUGUCCUCCGCCUGUCCAGUCGCAGUCACAGUUACCGCCUGCCUCGCCACUCCCUGGUCCUUCUCCUUACACUGGUCCGACUGGAGGUCUUACAGAGCGUCGUGAGCCUGAGUCUCGUCCUGCGUCGCCAGAGUCUCGUCGUGCGUCACCUGUUCGUGCUGCUCACACUGGUCGUCGUGUUCCGCGUCAGCGGCCUCCUGCUGUCCCAGGCACUCACCAGAUGGCACUUCGUCCUUCCACUGCUCCUCAGCGUGUCCCUCUGCCGUCUCCUCCUGCGUCUUCUCUUCCUACUCUUGCUGACCCGGAGUCUGACUCCCUUCGUGCUGCCAGUCCUACUGUCACGCGUCUCCUCGCCACUGUUGUCACUGACCCUUCCUUUGAGUCCUCUGCUGCGUCUGCUCUAGUCGCUGAGUUAGUUGACUUUGCUGCCGCUUGUCGUCUAGACUACGCCGCUAGCCUUGUCGCUGAGUCUGAGUCUGAGUCUGUCUGUCCUUCGUCCGUCGGGGGUGAGUGUGCUCUUGGCACGGACGUCCUUGAGGACAGGCAGGAGGAGUUUGAGUGCUUUGCCGCUGCGUUACCUCAUCUCGUGUCCAUGCUGGUUGCCCCUGAGGGAGACCCGGAUGCUCCAGACAUCCCGACCCCGCGCUCUUACGCUGAGGCGAUCGCGGGUGAGUACUCCUCUCAGGUGAAGCGGCCGCCGGGUUCUCCGCCUGUCUUCAAGGCGCGUUACGUUGCACGAGGCUUCAGUCAGCGAGAGGGAGUUGACUUCUUCCAGACCUUCUCCCCGACCCCGAAGAUGACCACUCUUCGGGUUCUGCUGCACGUCGCCGCUCAGCGUGACUACGAGCUCCACUCUCUUGACUUCAGCACAGCUUUCUUGCAGGGCAGCCUGCACGAGGAGAUCUGGCUGCGCCGCCCACCUGGCUUCACUGGGUCGUUCCCUCCUGGUACCCAGUGGAGCCUCCGACGGCCAGUCUACGGUCUCCGCCAGGCGCCGCGUGAGUGGCACGACACACUGAGGACUACACUUGCGGCUCUUGGGUUCGCUCCUUCUACUACUGACCCGUCGCUGUUUCUACGCUCCGACACUUCACUGCCGCCGUUCUACAUCCUCGUGUACGUCGACGACUUGGUCUUUGCCAUUGCUGACACUACGGCACUCGCCCACGUGAAGUCGGAGCUGUAG